GGAGAGCCAUUGGAUUGGAUUUUACAGAUGAGGAGGAGAGGAGGAGGGUAAUGUAGAAUCCCAAUGCGACCCUCCAUUGAUAGGGAGAGAAACCCAAACCCAAAAACAAACACUUGACACAGCUGAGCUGCCCCCUCAGUGUGUACUGUGUGGACUCUCCUGCUGUUUGUCCACCCAAUUUAUCCAAAAACAAUUGCACGACCUGAUUUAUACAAUUCACUUUCCCUUUCCUCUCCUCGGUUCUCCUGAAUCCUGAUAUGUAAUCAAUCUUUGACUCUCUUUCUCUCUCUCUCUCUCUCUCUCUGUGAAGCUACUCAUCUUUGUUGCUAUGAUCUGAGCGGAAAGAUUCCGUCCCUUUACUAUAUAGCGCGAUCUAUCGAAGAGACCCGCUCCAGAUCGGAGACGAAUGGGGGAGGACCCGACCCAAAUGUCCGAGGACGACGAGAGGCCGACGGAUCCCGCCUCCACGUCGUCCACCAAGCCCCGGGGCUGCCUCGUCGUGGCGGGCGGUGGCGGGGGCGACUGUUACGUCUCGCCGUCGCCGGACCAAGUGCUGGAGAACGUGCUCGAGACGGUGCUGCUGUUCCUGACCUGCCGGCGGGACCGCAACGCGGCGUCGCUGGUGUGCAAAUCGUGGUACCGGGCGGAGGCGCUGACCCGGUCGGAGAUCUUCAUCGGGAACUGCUACGCCGUCUCGCCCCGCCGGGUCACCGAGCGGUUCCGCCGCGUCCGGUCGGUGACGAUCAAGGGCAAGCCUAGGUUCGCCGAUUUCAACCUCAUGCCGCGCGGUUGGGGCGCACACUUUAACCCCUGGAUCAAGGACAUGGCCCAGUGCUAUCGUGCGCUGGAGAAGCUAUGCCUCAAGCGCAUGUCCGUCAAGGACGAAGAUCUGGAGCUUCUUGCUCUCUUCCCUUCCUUCAGAGAGUUAAUCCUCAUCUGCUGCGAGGGAUUCGGCACCGGCGGAUUGGCCGUCGUCGCCAGCGAGUGCAGGAAACUCCGUGUGCUUGAUCUGACUGAGGAUGAGGUUUUGGACGAAGAGGAGGUGGAUUGGAUUUCUUGUUUUCCGGAGGGUGAAACUUGUCUCGAGUCUCUGGUUUUCGACUGUGUGGAAGUCCCUAUAAAUUUUGAGUCAUUGGAGCGACUGGUGGCGAGAUCUCCUUCACUUAAGGAACUUAAGUUGAACCAGUAUGUUGACAUUGGGCAGCUUUACCGUCUGAUGGUUCGGGCUCCGCAGCUCACACAUCUUGGUACUGGAUCAUUUAGCCCUUCGGAGAAUGCUGCUCAACGCGAUCAGGAACCAGAUUAUGCCUCCGCUUUUCAUGCUUGCAAAUCAUUAGUUGAUCUCUCUGGAUUUAGGGAAAUUAUACCAGAUUAUUUGCCUGCAAUCUACCCGGUCUGUGCUAAUCUCACCUCUCUAAAUUUUAGUUAUGCCAACAUCAGCACAGAACAACUUAAGCCAGUCAUACGUCACUGCCACAAACUACAGAAUUUUUGGGUGCUUGAUUCGGUAUGUGAUGAGGGACUCCAGGCAGUGGCUGCAACUUGCAAAGAUCUCCGUGAGCUCCGGGUGUUCCCGCUAGAGGCUCAGGAAGAUGGCGAGGGUCCUGUUUCUGAAGUGGGUCUCCUCGCAAUUUCUGAGGGGUGUAGGAAGUUGCGAUCAAUUUUAUAUUUCUGCCAGCGAAUGACAAAUGCAGCAGUCACAGCCAUGUCAAAGAACUGUCCGGAUCUUGUGGUGUUCCGUCUGUGUAUCAUGGGACGGCACAUGCCUGACCACGUCACUGGAGAACCGAUGGAUGAGGGUUUUGGAGCCAUUGUCAAGAAUUGCAAGAAGCUUACCCGACUUGCCAUAUCCGGUCUACUAACUGAUAGAGUUUUCAGUUACAUUGGAGAACAUGGGAAAUUGGUUAGGACCUUAUCAAUUGCUUUUGCUGGAGACAGUGAUUUGGGGCUGAGAUAUGUGCUUGAGGGUUGCCCUAGGUUGCAGAAGCUUGAGAUCAGAGAUAGCCCUUUCGGAGAUGCAGCUUUGCGGUCUGGUUUGCAUCACUAUUACAAUAUGAGAUUUCUCUGGAUGUCUUCAUGCUGGUUGACUCUCCAUGGCUGCAGGGAGAUUGCUCAACAAAUGCCCCACCUGGUGGUGGAAGUCAUCAACCAGGACUUGGGAGAAGAGAUGAGGGAUGACCGGGUUAACACAUUGUACAUGUAUAGGUCCCUUGAAGGGCGAAGGGAUGAUGCACCUGGAUUUGUGACCAUCCUAUGAAUUUGCAACCUGGUCGAAUGCUCCAUCUGUUCUAACAGUGGCUUGAGGAAGUAAUAAACUAUUUUUGUGGGGAAGUUGAUGCAUCGGGUUGCUUUUCUAAUCCUCAAGUUCUUGUACAAUUUGUUGGACAGAAACAAGCAAUGUUACUUGUUUUGUUGGCUUGAAGCAAUGGAAUGGAAUUCAAAGCCGAAGCUACAUAAAGGACCAGGUUACAUCUAUCCUUUGGAUCUCCCUGAUGGUUUAGUGAAGCAAGCUUAAUGUUGAAGACGGAUGUCUUUGCAGGGGUUCAACCGUCUGAAGCUGUUUUGUCGGUACACCUUUAAAUUUUUAUGUUUUUUUCCGCUUUCAUAUUCAUUUCAUAAAUGAAGGCUUCUGGAGAUAGCAAGGGAGGGGCCAUUGCACUGCGCCUAAGGGUCGGUUAGAUAUUUGAUUAGUCGUCCAUUAUAUAUAACAAUGGAUCAAAUUGGUCCAGGGUCCUGAAGAUUGGAGAUUGUGACCCUCAAUUUGAAAACUACUCGGUCGGGGCCAUGGCUGAAGGAUCAAGCAUUCUCUCUUUUAGUAGAAUCAUGUCGUCUUCUUAGUGUGAUUCCCUCUUUAUCAGUUUUAUAAGACUUUUAAGCUGUAGCUGGUAUAUUAAUGCUUAGAAUGAUACAUCGUUUCUCUAGAGACGUUUAUUUAUUAUCAUGAUUAUUUUUCCCCCCA